AUGCUGAACACCAAAUGGUUCGAAGACUCAAUUGGUGUAUUACGUCAAUCAAAAUUGCGACUAUUUUGCGUUCUUCUUUUCCUAAAAGUCUCGAUCAUUAUACUUUCCUAUUUCACCAUACGAUGCAAGUCGUCGAUCUGUUGGUCAAUUCAACUGACUCCAUCUUACGUUAUUACACUACCUGGUCAAGAAGAACGAGUAGCAAAUAUGAAAGGCUUGUUUAAGAAAUACGCCAAUCUCAAUGUUAGUCCAUUCUAUGGUGUUAACGGCAGGAAAAUGUAUACCGAAGCAGAAGGGAAAUAUUUAUUGCCUGGAGAAAUUGGAUUACGUGAUUCAAUGAAGAAUAUCUACACGAUGGCUAUAGAAAAGAAGUAUAAAGCAAUGUUUGUUUUUGAAGAUGAUGCUAUUCCACACCGAAAUUUUACAAAACUAUUCGAAAAUCUGCCUGAACGAUGUCGAGAAGCGGACGUCCUUUUGUUAGGUGCUCUGGUUUUGUAUACCAACCGCAAGCGUUGGCCAUUUGGUCCCUGCUUUGAUGCUGAUCAAAGAACUUAUGGUUCACAUGCUUUGUAUGUAAAAGAUUCUGCAUUCAAACCAAUUGUAAAUUGGUUAAUGGAAACCGAGAUAGGUCCAUUUGAUACAGUAUAUCAACAUCUUCAACACCAAGGACUGAAAGUUCGAGUAGCACAUCCACCGUUCCUAAGCAUUCAAAAUCUCAAUCAUCACUCUUCAGUGCACGACUAUCGAGCAAUUGACAGACUCAACAUUACACAACGAGCAGAAGUGCACAAUUGGGAUCUGAAAGAUUAUCCCACAUCUUUAGAAUCUGAAGACGAUUGA